UGAAAACAAUUACUUUUCUCAAGAUGAUUUUCAUUUAAAUGAAAAAUUAAAAUCUGAUCUUGAAACAAUUAGUCAAUAUACUCCUUUGUCCAAUUUAGAAAAUUUAAUAAUAAUAUUGAUUCGCCUUUAUAAAAAAAAGUUUCUAAAAGAAUUUGAAGAGAAAAUUGUUCAUUCAACAGUUCAGUUUCAAUCACCGCUUCAAUUAAAGAGUAUUAAUAAAACUCUUGAAACUAAUUUCCUUUCUUUGUCUUUGAAUUCAAGAUGCAAAUCUGAUAUUUCCUCAAGGAGAAGAAAAUACGUGACUUUAUCGAAUUGUCAAAUUAUUCGUAUUGUACAUUCAAAUCGUGAUAUUCAACAAAAAAUAAGUUUUCCAUCAAAGAACAUUGAGUAUUGCAAUAAAAAUGUAAAUUUUGGAAUAAAUGAAAAUAUCACAGCAACUUUUGAGAAUCUGAAAAAAUGGAAGGAAGUUUCGAAUAACGUUAUUGAAACUUUAAAUAAUAACAAUGAAAAAAUAAAUUAUUUUGAAUUUUAUUCCCUGGGAAUUGAUACAAUGUGGAAUAUUAUAUAUCCGAUGAUUAAAUUUGAUGAAAUUUUCACAAGUAAAUUUCAUGAUUCUUUAAUUAUGAAUAAAUUAGUUGGCGCUAGUUUAAAAUUUAAUCAGAGGAAAAUAAAUAAUUCUCCUGUUGAUAAUGAAGAAAAAGUUGUAGAUUUUGAAAACUUUUUGCCAAUUGAAGAUAGUUUGAUAAUUGAACCUGUUUUAAAUCUAAAGGAAUUUGAUUCAAAUCUACAAGAAUCGAUUUUGAAUUUAAAGGAAAGUGAACAAAAACCUGUUUUAAAUUCAGAAGAACCAAUUUUAAAUCUAGAGGAACGUGUUUUAAAUCAUCAAAAAUCGGAUUCAAAUCUUCAAAAUGCGUUGAAUGUAGAAGAAAAACCAAUUAAAAUUGCUAAAUUAGAGUCAGUAACUAAAGCUCCAAAUUAUAUUGAUGGAAAAAAAGGAAAGUUUAUGAUGAAUAAAUCUUUAUCUAGAAUUCCAAUCGCAUUGUCAAAUGUCUCCAAGGGAUUAAAGAAGACACGAGAAAAAAAUAAGAUUCAAGCUCAGAAGAAGGAUUUAAAGAUAAAAAAGGAAAUUGACCAAGUGUCUAAUAUAAAUUGCAGAAAAGAAAAGAAUGUCAGAUCCUUAUCUGCGGAACGAACAUCAUUUUCUUGUCAGGAGUUAAAAGGAAUAAGUGGAAAUAAAAAUAAAAUGGAGAGAAGAUCAAAAAUUCCAGUAAGAAAGAAAAAAAUUGAAAAUAUGAACAUGGAAAAAAAGGAUUAUAUUGGUGACAAGAAGACAAAUCGAAUUACUAAUGUGAAUUUAAAUCCAAAAGUUGUGGAAAAUUUUAAUACAGAACAGGAGUUUAAACAAGAAAAAGAAGAGGAGAAAUCGAUUUUGGAAAGUGAAAAUAUCAAAAUUAAGAAUACGAAGCAAAUUGUUGAAACAAAAUUUAAUUACAAUGAGAUAAAUAAUACAGAAACUAUGAAAAUCAAGGAGAAUGAGGAAAAAAAAUUGGAAAAUGAUAAAUUCUCUCUAAAAAGUGAAAUUCAAAAAAAUGUUAAAGUUAAAAACAACGAAAUUGAAAAGACAAAUCUAAAAAUGGAAAAAAAGACUAAAAGAAAGAAUCCUAAAUUCUUAGAUGUUGAUUAUAAAAAUCUUGACGAGGAAAAAAGGAACGAUGAAGAAAUAAAGGAUCAAUUAAGUGAAACUUUGUUGCUGAAAAGGACGAAUUGCUCCACAUUGAUCGAUCGAAAUUCAUUUUCACUAACUACUCAAAUACUAAAAAGGUCUAAUAAAACAAUUAAAGAAACGAAUCCCCCAACGAAAAUUGUUUUUAUUUCCAAGAUUUCGCAGGAGUCGAUGCCGAAAAUUCAAUUAGAAAAUCAAGGCAACGUUGAGAAACAAGAAAGUCAAACUUCAACAAUUCAAGAAUUAUUUGAGGAAAAUUUUAUUUCUAAACAUAAAGAAACUAAAAAUCAUGAAAGACGAGAAGAAACAUCAAAAACUGAAUUUUCAAAACAUAAUCAUUCAAUGAUAAAUAUAAAAGAUAUUAAAGCGAUCAUUGAUUCAUUGUUAAAAUCAAAAAUUUAUCAAAAGAAAUUCAUAAUAGUCGAAGGAAAGAAAAAAUUAAUGAAAUUUGCUGAUAAGAAACGUAAAAAAAAAUUAUCAAGAAAAGAAUUAAAUUCGGAAAUAAAAAUAAUUCCCCAAGCAAAAAUAUUGAAAGCGGAAAAUGGAAAUUUCAAAAAAUCUACGAAUGAAUCGAUGAAUACUGAUUGGAUUUCAAGAAAAGAAUCUCAUUUUGAGAAUAAAAAUGGAGCUUACUGGAUUUCACAAGCAUGUUCAAGUUCACGUCAGUCAAAUGGUGGAAAAGAGGAAAAGCAGUUGAGCAAUAAAGUGCACUCAAAGGAAAUGAAAAAAAAAAUAAAACUAAACAAAAUUGAGAAUUGUAUUGGAAAGUCGAGUAUAGUGAAUUCAGUGAGAGGUGAGGAAUUUAUUCGAGGUAUUCAGCAAUCGUCGUCAGAAUCGAGUAAGAGAGUUUCCGAUUGCAAGGCACAUUCGGAAGAUUUCGAUUCCAGGAAAUGCACACAAAUGAGCAGGGACAGUGGGAUAUUAUUUGAAAAAUGGACAGAUGAAAUUGAAAAAAUAGAGGCAUGGAAUAUUCGUGUAAAACAUUAUUUGAGUCAAAUAAGAAUGAAAUUAUUAUUGGCGGAAGAAAAAGCUGAGGAAGAAUGUAGUGUAAAAAUGUUUCAGAAAAUAAACUAUUCGCUAGGGGAUCGAAAAGAGCUGACGUUACGAAACACGGUCGAGUACGGAGAUUCAAAAAGAAAUAAUAUUUCAAAAGAUUACGUAAAUGUGGAUUUGCAGACAAUUUGCCGUGAUAUGAAAAGAGUGACAAAUAUAAUAAAUAAUCAUACAAGUUCUCGUUAUUUGAAUCGUCAUAGUUUUGAAGAUUAUUAUUAAGGUGUGCUGUAUUUGUGGGGGAAAAAAAAUAAGCAAUAAAAAAAUCAGUAACAAAGUUA